AUGGAAAGUUUCCCGGCUUUUAUUAUUGAUGCUUUUACGGAAAGAAGGUUUACUGGAAAUCCGGCGGCUGUUUGUUUGAUCCCCAGGGUGAGUAGAUUAUGAUGUUACAUGAAAAUUUGAAAAUUUCAUGAAAUUUGGAUCAUUUUAAGCCUAAAUAUGAUGAAAAAAAAUCUAAUUUCAGAUUUUUGAGCAUAUUUCACAUUUUUUGCUAUAGAAAAACAUGUUUCAGAUCCUCGAAGACAAAGAAUAUCAAAAAAUCGCGGCCGAAUUCAAUCUCUCCGAAACCGCUUUUCCAGUUCCAAUCGGAGGCAUCACCGAUUUCCGAACUUGUUCUCAAUUUUCUCUCCGAUGGUUCACACCAACCACCGAAGUUCCACUAUGUGGACAUGCCACGUUGGCCACAUCUCAUGUGCUUUUCAACGAGGUUGGAAACAUCAGCAAGGAGAUCAAAUUUGAUACGAAAUCUGGGGUUUUGGUUGUGAAGCGGAAUGAGAAUGGAAGUGUUCAGAUGAAUUUCCCGAAAUAUGAUAUCACUUCGUUGCGAUUUAGCCACGUGGAAAAUAGGUUGCAUGGAAUAUUUUCGGAGUUUAAGGCACCGCAUUUUCUUUGGGAUUUGGUGCAGUGUGUUGUACCGAAAGAAGUGGGUUUUGAUUGAUUUUUGGAUUAUGAUCUGAAGAGGAGAACUCCAGGAGGUUCACCUUAAGAUCUGAAUCCAGCCAGGCCCAAUCUGCAGGCUUCAGGGUUUCAGAUGUCUGAAUCCGGUUUGGUGCGAUGUUCAGAGUAAACAUCGCAUCAGAUCUGAUUUUCAAGAUGUUUGUACUGAGUCAGAUUCAAUCUUCUGAUUUUCUGGAUCUAGCCAGGCCCUAUCCUCAGAAUCAGCUUCCUGAAUUAAACCAUCUUCGAUCCAGCCUGAUCUACAUCGAAAUUUUUCCAUUUUUCUAGAUUGUUGUGACUGAUGUUGCUUACGCGGCUCAAGCCAAGAAGUUGAUAAUUGUUGUAGAUCCAGAGACCACCAAGUUCGAAUUGGAGGGAGUGAGUUUCCUUUUCAUGAACUCGACCAAAACAAUCUUCUAGAUUCGAAUUGAUGAUGCCAAACUUCUCGAACUACACGAUGGCUCAUUUGUCAGAGGUGUCGCAAUAACUCUCCACCCAAAAUCAGCAAUCUACCAAGGUUUUAUGAAUUCAUCCAACGAGGAAUUCGACUACGCUUGUCGAUAUUUUGCACCUUGGGUUGGAAUCAAAGAAGAUCCCGCAACUGGAUCUGCCCAAUGUUGUUUGGGGCCAUUUUGGGCAAAGCUUCUUGAUAAGCAACAACUUUAUGUGCUCCAAGCCUAUCCGAAUCGUGGUGCCGAGUUUAGAGUUGGAAUUGAGGAUCAGAGAGUGAUUCUAGAUGGAACUUCAGUGACGGUUUUGAAUGGAUCAAUUAAAUUGGAUGAGCCAAAAUUCUUCUGA